AUGUUGACUCAUCGGCGUUUAACGCAGAAGAAUCGCCGAUUUGUUCGGAAAGAGGUGGGGUCCAACCGAGCGAUUGUUACGGCGCCACAUCAUCCAUCCAACAAGAGCAGUUGUUCAAGUGGCCUGGAUCUCAAGUGGUCAGGUGACCGUUCGUCUCGGUUGCGAAAUCGAUUUUGGCCGUUCCGGCCGGCUUUUUUACCCUCAUCAGUCAUCGUCGACGAGUCGGAUGGCCGCCGAGGUAGCGGCUCGUGUUUUGACGGAGAGUGCCUGUCGUCGGCACUGAGGAGUAGCGGCGAGUUCGGGAGUUAUUUCCUGGCAGGUUGUGUUCUCGACACCUCCCAGAGUCAAACGAUGUGUUCGACCGAUAGUGCAGCGGUGCGGGAUGCAAAUCGACGGUCGUUUUUCGGAGGACGAUUUGUGUCCAGUUAA